CCAAUUGUGUUGAUGUUAGAAUGGAAUCUAAUGAUAAAGAACCGCCUUUGAUUUUGUUUAGUAAAGAUUUGUUAUCAUAUGGUCGAUUCCAGCAUGCUAAAGAAGAAAUAUGGAGUCCUUCAUUAGAUU